AUGGGUAAUGAUGCUGCCCGUCUUGACACGAUGCUCCGUCGUCUCUCCGCUACCUUCAAAAUUCGGGAUCUCGGAACACCAGGUUUUUUCCUUGGCAUAGAAACUCUGACAGUCAACGGCAGAUUUCUCCUUUCACACAAGAGGUACAUGGGAGAUAUCCUAAAUCGAGCUGGAAUGAUAGAUUGUAAGCCGCUUGCAACACCAGCCGCUGUCUCUCAGGUUGUAAGCCCGUCAUCUCAAUCUUAUGAAAAUCCCACUCAAUACCGACGCAUUGUUGGAGCCCUACAGUAUCUCACAAUAACUCACCCAGAUCUGUCCUAUGCCGUUAAUCAGCUCUGCCAGUUUAUGCACUUUCCCACAGAUGAGCACUGUGCCCUAGUGAAGCGGGUUCUAUGGUAUGUCAAGGGGACUCUGGACUAUGGUUUGCCGAUUGGGCUGGCUGUUCCGAUUGAUAGGAAGAGUACUAGUAGGUAUGCGGUCUUUUUGGGGAACAACCUCAUCUCUUGGCUCUCUCGAAAACAGCGCACGGUGGGGCGUCGUCAACUAAGGCUGAAUACAAGGCAUUAG